GGCCAGGCAGAGGUGCUCCUCACCUCCCAGAUGGGGCAGCCAGGCAGAGGCACUCCCCACCUCCCAGAUGGGGUGGCCAGGCAGAGGUGCUCCUCACCUCCCAGACUGGGUGGACAGGCAGAGAUUCCCCUCUCCUCCCAGAUGGGGAGGCCAGGCAGAGGUGCUCCUCACUUCCCAGAUGGGGUGGCCGGGCAGAGGCGCUCCUCAAUUCCCAGAUGGGGUGGCUGGGCAGAGGCAUUCCUCACCUCCCAGAUGAUGGACGGCCAGGCAGAGGCGCUUCUCACUUCCCAGAUGGGGCGGCCGGGCAGAGGCGCCCCUCACAUCCCAAAAGGGGCAGCUGGGCAAAGGCGCUCCUCACCUCCCAGACAGGGUGGCCGGGCAGAGGCACUCCCCAUAUCACAGACAGGAUGGAUGGGGCAGCCGGGCAGAGGCGCUCCUCACCUCCCAGAUGGAGCGGCCAGGCAGAGACACCCAUCACCUCCCAGACGGGGCGGCCGGACGAGGGGUCCAGGCAGAGGCACUCCUCACUUCCCAGACAGGGCGGCCGGGCAGAGGCACUACUCACAUCCCAGAUGGGGCAGCUGGGCAGAGGUGCUCCUCACAUCCCAGACAAUGGGCAGUCACGCAGAGACGCUCUUCACUUCCCAGAGGGGGUGGCUAGGCAGAGGCGCCUCUCACUUCCCCUUUGCAGCAGCCAGGCCUAAAGGGAACUAA